AUGGCCCCGUUACCCGUCCCUCAUCACCAUCAUGGCCCCGUCAUCCGCUCUUCAUCACCAUCUUGUCCCUGUCAUCCGUCCCUCAUCAUCAUCAUAACCCCGUCAUCCGCCACACAUCACCAUCAUGGCCCCGUUACCCGUCCCUCAUCACCAUCAUGGCCCCGUCAUCCGCUCUUCAUCACCAUCUUGUCCCCGUCAUCCGUCCCUCAUCAUCAUCAUAACCCCGUCAUGAUCAUCCGUCCCUCAUCACCAUCAUGGCCCCAUCAUCCGCUCCUCAUCACCAUCAUGGCCCCGUCAUCCGCUCUUCAUCACCAUCACGUCCCCGUCACCUGUCCCUCAUCACCAUCAUGGCCCCGUCACCCGCUCCUCAUCACCAUCAUGGCCCCGUCACCCGCUCCUCAUCACCAUCAUGGCCCCGUCAUCCGCUCUUCAUCACCAUCAUGGCCCCGUCACCCGCUCCUCAUCACCAUCAUGGUCCCGCCAUCCGCUCCUCAUCACCAUCAUGGCCCCGGCAUCCGCUUCUCAUCACCAUCAUGGCCCUGUCAUCCGCUCCUCAUCACCAUCAUGGCCCUGUCAUCCGCUCCUCCUCAUCAUCAUCAUAACCCCGUCAUCCCCUCCUCAUCACCAUCAUGGCCCCGUCCUCCGCUCCUCAUCACCAUCAUGGCCCCGUCACCUGUGGGGACCCGGGUUAGCAUAUAG